AUGGAAAUAGUUGAAGGAAAACCAAAUGAUAAAAAAAUAAUUGUUGCUCAAGAAAUAGCAUUUGCCAAAGUAUUGGCUGGUAAUAAUAAAGUAUUAAGAGAUAGAGCUCUUAAAAAAUUAAAAAAAUGGUUGACCGUUAGAGGAACUGGAAAAUGGGGCAAGUUAUCUUUAUUUUCUGAAGAAGAAUUCAUUAGGAUUUGGACAGGAUUGUUUUAUUGUAUGUGGAUGUCGGACAAGUUUUUAGUUCAGGAAGAGCUGGCUGAAAAUAUAAGUCAACUAAUUCAUUGCUUUAAAAAAAAUAGUGACAGUGCAUUAUUAUUUAUAAAAUGUUUUAACAAACGAAUACUUAUGGAGUAUGAAGGUUUAGAUCAGUAUAGAAUUGAUAAAUUCAAUAUGUUAAUUAGAAGGUUCCUUAGACAAACCUUUGUUUAUUGUAAAAAUAUGUUUUGGAAUGAUCAUUUUUUAAAAUCUUUGAUAAAUAUAUACAACACAACCAUUUUUGACAAAAAUUCUACCUUAGGAUUUGUUUUACACUUUAUCAAUAUAUAUCCAGAAGAAAUAGCCAAGGUUAGUCAAGGAAAAUUAGAUAGUAAAAAACUUUUAUUGUUAAUCGAACCAAUUGUAAAACUUCUUGCAAAUUCAAAAGAUUCAAGAGUACAAAAAGGAGCCAUGGAAUUUUUUUAUUAUUUAAUGAAACAAACCGAUGUUGGUAUUGAAUUCGAAGAAAGGUUUCAUGCUUGGAGACAGAUGGGGUUUCCCGGUAGUAGCAUCAAUUCUAUUAAAAAGCAAACAAUGGCCAAUGGUAAGGGUAAAGAUGUCGAAAGCGAUGAUUCCGAAGGAGACGAAGAUGAUGAAAAUUUUUAUGACAGGCCUUUGGAUCCUCGUGCCGGAAGCGUACACGUGGAUUUGCCACAAAUUCCCAUCGACUUGGGUGGUUUGAUCAAUUUGUUGAGAAAAUACGAACGCGGAAAAUUCACGCCGACUACGAGCAAACGAAAAAUUCGCGUUUUAAUUCAAAAGUUUUCUGUAUUGAAAAAAGGCAAAUACCCGACUAAAAUUAAAAAGGAUCCGAUAAUAGACGAAAAGAAAAUACCGAGGCAAACAUUGAAAACUGCCAGACAAUUGUUGGAAUUUACAGAAAAUUUAGAUGAAAAACCGAUAAAGUCUAAAGAAUUUGCAUCGAUAAGCAAACAGUUAAAGGAAGAAGAAAAUGGUGACGUAGAUGAAAUUUCCGAAGACGAGGACGACGGUGAUGAGGACAGCGAGACAGAAUUAAAAGACGAAAAUGAUUUAGAAAUGAAUGAUGUGGAUGUUGAAAGCGAAGAUGAUGUUGAUGAAUUAGAAGGUGAGGAAGUUGAAAACGAAGAAAAAAUUAGUAAUAAAAUCGAAGUAAAAAAAACGAAAAAAAAUAAAAAUAAAGUAAAGAAAGUGUUGAAGAGUUCAACGGUCGAGUCGAUCGGUGAAAAAACCAAAAAAAAAAAGAAAUUAAAAAAGAAAAAAAACAAUAAAAAUAAGGCGAAAAAUGAUGUUGAUGAGUGCACAAAAGAAAAAAGUGAAGUACCAUCGCCGAAAAAGGCCAAGUCCCAUCAAGAGGAUGAAAUUGUUGUAUCGCCCUUGAAUAAAAACAAAUCACCAAAAAAAAGUGAUAAAGAAAUUAUUUUACCGAACGGUGACGUCACCAACACCGAAGAGAAGUCAUCUCCGAAUCCGUCUUCUCCUAAAAAGAAAAAUUCAAAUAAAAAAAACGAAUUAGCGAACGGAGUUGACAAAUCACCAUCGUCACCUCUUUCAUCUUCUCCAAAUAAAAAAUUGAAAAACGUGGAAGAUAAAAAUGAAAACGUGGAAAAACCCGAAGGAAACAAUAAAAAAUGUUCUCCACAGAGAAAAAAUGGAAUCAAAAGGAAAAUUCUAGGAGAUUGGAUGGUGCAAAAAAUAGAUGAAAACAGUUCGGAAUUUGACAAGUUAAAACCUCAAAAAGUAAUUAAAUUAGAAGUUAAAUUAAAUUCUCCCUCGAAUCCGGAGGAAAAUGUAAAUUCGGAAAAGGAAGAAAAUGUUUUGGAUAAUGAAAGUCGCGAAUGCGAAAUUGAAAUACAACCGAAACGAGUAUUCACACCGAAAAAAAAUAUGGCGCAAGAAAAUGAUGAAUAUUUAGAAGAAGUACGAAAUUCUCCAAAAGUACCUUUCGAUAGAUCUAAAAAACCCGUACAAAGCGCAUUAAAAAGCGGUUUGACUCCGAGUCCAAUCAAUCCUUUUUACAGAUUUAAAAAAGUUAAAUUUUAA